AUGCGUCUGCUUUGGCCUCUGUUGACGGCCACCGGUAUCUCUCUGUCGAUCGCUGCUCGCUCAACGACCGCGAGCGGUGGUGAAACCGAUGAUGCUCCUCGAUACUUGCCCGCCGUCGUUUCCCCCCCCAAGAUGAACGCGUCUAUCGCGCUGGAACUCGUGAAGGCCCACAGCGACGAGGAAAGGGGCGAGUCCCUGCUGACACCUCUGCUCGAACUAUUGAGCAAAGUGAAAAACGGUAUCCGGGCUACAGAGCACACCCCACUGGCCAUGCUCAAACGGUUGAAGAUCAAAGCAGGAGAGAACUCGGAGCAUGCCUUUGAUCAGCGUCUCAAGCAGUGGUUUCAAAAGGUUGAUACGCAUCGUGCUAAGUAUCCUGAAUAUACGGUGCAGAAAGAGGUUGAGGACUUGCUGACGCUGAUGGAUGCCCGUGAGCUGGCGAAGGUCUUAUACCGGUUUCGAAAGGUCCACAAUAUGCAGAGUCGCGUUAACGGCCUACAACAAGUGCUUGCCGCGAAAAAUGAUCGAGCCGUAUAUGACCUGAUUCCUGUAUGGCUGGACGACAGAGUGCCCCCUGACGAAGUCUUCGACAUGCUGCCUGUCGCAGCGAUGGAGCGAAUAAUCGAUCGUAAAAAGGAGUGGGAAAGGCGAGUAGUCGUCCACAAGUGGCUCCGAACGUAUAUAGGCUAUGUCGCCAAGUAUGUUGGGCGCGGUCUGUCGUACGACGACGCUGCUGUAGUCACGAAACUGGUGGAAAAGAGAGGGGAAGAAGAAUCGGUGGAUUUCUUGUUCACUCUGUGGGGUUAUAAUGGUGACAAGGACCGCGCUAACAGCCUCCAGAGUACGCUUGGCGUGAAAUACCCGAGCACAGUGGAGCUGAUGUUUGAUGAGUGGCUGGAGUUCGAUAGGUAUCCCAGCGAUGUCUACGAUAUGAUGCCCAUUGGAAUCAAUCAAGUCCUCACAAAGAAUCCACUAAAAGAGCGCAAGUCGUGGCACGUCAUCGAUUCUGCACUCACACCGUGGGUUACGUAUGGCGUGAGAUUCAACAAGAAACAUGGGGUUCACGCGCCUGAUCUCAGUGUAGACCAAACGAAAUUUUACGAUUUCGUAUCCUUCAUACUUCGCGAGCUGAAGUCAUGCAACGAACCACAAGACUUGGUGGAUUAUGUCGAACAUUUUCGGUCCGUCAAAGAAUUGGCUUUUCUCGCUCCAAAGCUUCAGCGACGUAUGCUCCUAGCGGAACAUAAUGAAUACGAGCCUCUAAUCUUCAAUGCGUGGGCGAAGUCAAAGCUGGAUCCUCGUAUCGUGUACGAUUCGAUGCCCGUUGCAUCAAUUUCCACAUUGGGCAUGAUAGUUGCACAAGGACUGGAACACGAGUGCGAACGGAUCGAGCAGUUGCUGAGGUACGUUGACGAUGUCCGAGUUCGCGAGUCCUUCAGCGACAAGCUAGUGAUUGAACUACUGCUGAGUGGAAGAGCCACGGUGGAUGCAUUGCGGCAUUAUUUUAAAGCGCUUGGAGAACGUGGCAGGAAGGAACGCUCUGGCCUACUGCUAGAAGCGUUGCAUAAUCAUGAACAGAAUCACGCCCCUUCGCCGUAG